GCAUCUGGAGCCUCUUCCUCUCCUCUGUGGCUGCAGGUCAUGACUUUACAUGUGGGGAGCAUUGGGCUGGAUCUUCGCUGUGUUUUGACCGCUGGCUAUUUAAAAGACGGGGGUCUGACUGCAGUGGGUGCUGUUGGUUGAAGUGCCCGCGAACUGAACUUGUGAGGAGAGAGAGAGGGAGCUGUGCGCUUUCCUCCCGACAGAGUGCUCCACACACACAUACACACACACACACACACACACACCACACACACACACACACACACACACACACACACACACACACACACACACACACCGGGGUCACUCCACUUCCAGGCGGCGGACUGGUUUCCACUCCUCCUGCAUAUCGCACAUGAAGAGGGAAGGACGUCCGCAGUCAUUUCCUACCUGUGCGCCUUCAGCGUGCGUCACGGAAACUCCGCAGUUUCUUCGUCUUAAUUGUUUCCUCCGCUGCUUCCUAUACCCGGUGAUUUUGGAUUACGUAGAAUAACAAGCAGCGUGGGCGCGGAGCAGCUGAAAUCAUGGAUGUAUGGAUAAAGUUGGUGUUGUUGUGCAGCUGCUGCUUUGGAGCAAGUGCAGACUUUGAUGGCAGGUGGCCGCGGCAGAUGGCCUCGUCCAGCGGCCUGUGUCGGUACGGGGCCAGAGUGGACUGCUGCUGGGGGUGGACGCGCCGCUCCUGGGGUCACUGCCAGCCUCUCCUCGCCUUAACUCACAGAGUAGCCGGGAUAAGGUGCCAGCCCCAAGCUGUGUGCCAGCCCGGCUGUAAGCAUGGAGACUGCGUGGGACCCAAUAAGUGCAAGUGCCAUCCAGGCUUCACCGGAAAGACCUGCAAUCAAGACCUGAAUGAGUGCGGUCUGAAGCCCAGGCCCUGUAAACACAGGUGCAUGAACACUUAUGGAAGCUACAAGUGCUACUGCCAGAACGGCUACAUGCAGAUGCUUGACGGGACAUGUGGAAAUGCUCGCACUUGUGGCAUGGCCAACUGUCAGUACGGCUGCGAGGUGCUGAAAGGAGAGGUCCGAUGUCAGUGUCCGUCACCGGGGCUGCAGCUGGCUCCGGAUGGACGAACCUGUGUGGAUGUGGAUGAGUGUUCUGCAGGGAUAGCAGUGUGUCCUCGGUUCAGGAAAUGCAUAAACACUUUCGGUAGCUACAUCUGCAAGUGCCACGAAGGCUUUGACCUGCAAUACAUCAACGGGAAAUACCAAUGCAUAGACGUGGAUGAGUGCUCUUUAGGUCGGAGCCACUGCAGCGGCUCCGCCUCCUGCUACAACACGCCGGGAUCAUACAAGUGCAAAUGCAAAGACGGCUACCGGGGGAUGGGCCACGACUGCAAACCCAUCCCUAAAGUGGCUAUUGACCCUCCGAGGCCAGGCAAACUGCCUCCAAAUCAUCACAACCGCCUCCCAGACACAGAUCAGAGGAGGACCACCACCACCGUCCGACCACCAGUGACUCAAAGGAGAGUCUUCCCCGUAAUUCCCAAAACAACAACAGCCGCCCCCACAACUACGACAACCACGACAACAACCAAAGCACCUCCAAAGAAGGUUACCCCACCUCCACAUAAACCAGCCAUUCCCACCCGGAAGCCCUUCAUCCCAACCAGGAAGCCCUUCAUCCCGACCAGGAAGCCCUUCAUCCCGACCAGGAAGCCCUUCAUCCCGACCAGGAAGCCCUUCAUCCCGACCAGGAAGCCCUUCAUCCCGACCAGGAAGCCCUUUAUCCUGACCAGGAAGCCACCAGCACCAACACGCAAGCCCUAUAUCCCACCCAUAAGACCAGUUCCUCCCACCAGAAGUCCCCCAACACCCCCACCAGUCACUCCUGUGGACAACACCAUCCAGAAGGAGGUCACCAAACAGAGAGGGGACGUCCACAUUCCUCGGAACCACGAUCGCAACACCGUCCUUGGCGUGGACUUUGACAUUGAGCUCGGGAACACGGCAGAAGAAGCCAAGGACGACCCAGAGUCGGGGUAUCUGAGCUGCUCCUUUGAUGAUGGUCUUUGUGGUUGGAUCAGGGACAAAGACGGAGACCUGCACUGGGAGACGACGCCUGAUCCAUCCGGUGGACGGUACCUCACCAUUCCCGAGGUGGGCAACAAGAGGACAGGGCGGGGGGCGCGGCUGGUGCUCCCCCUCACCCCUCCCUGGAACGAUGGCAACCUGUGCCUGUCGUUCAGACACAAGCUGGCCGGCCAUCACGUGGGCAUGCUGCAAGUGUUCGUGAAGAAAGGGAAGCAGUACAGCCCUGCAGUCUGGGGCCGGACGGGGGGGAAUGGCUGGAGGCACACCCAAAUCACUUUAUGGGGCACCGGCUUGGAAAGUGUGAUCCUGAAGGGGGAGCGUGGGCGGGGCCGGAGUGGAGAGAUGGCCGUGGACGACAUCACUCUGAGGAAAGGCUCCUGCACAGAGGAGCACAACCUGAGGAGACUCUGACUGACAGGACUCUAAGAGGCAGAACGAGAGGGGAAAUCAUCUCAAAGAGAACUGACUCUGUUGUGAAAUACCCUCCCUCUGCCUGGGCUAUCACUGACCCCACACACACACACACACACACACACACACACACACACACACACACACACACACACACACACACACACACACACACACACACACACACACACACACACACACACACACACACACACACACACACACACACACACACACACACACACACACACACACACACACACACGCACACACACGCACGCGUGCCACGCCUCACAGCCCUUCAGUGAACGAUAUCCAUGAAAUUGUGCGUCUGCAGAACAGUGGGUUUCUCUUUCUCGACUGACCAUGAAUAAAAAGAUUGAAUCCAAAUGUCAUGGGUGGAUCCCGGCAGUCCCCCCCCCCCUCUCCUCAGCCUCCCUCUCACUCCAUCACCGUGUUACUAUGAAACCUGCAUGCACCUACUUACCAUGGAAAUGUCCUCCGCCUAACACAGCCCUGGCGGCCUCCAGCCACACCGCUGAGAGACCACGUUCACUCCAUUUCUUCCCGGAGAGGGAUCGUUCCCACGCCUAUGAGUCUGCUUUUACCUUACUUUGAUCCUUCAGCUAAAAGCCAUUGCUUUUCUUUUUUGCUUGAUGUUAAAACAUGUUGCCAAGGGUGAAUUUUGCAACGGUUUUUACCAGAUAAAUAUCAAAGUAGUACCAGUUUCUUUAAGGGAAAUAGAUUUAAAAUAUCAAAGGAAAAUUGUAAUUGUUAGCAUUUAUUUUAAAUCCAGCUGACUCUAAAUUUGCAAAAAAAUAACCCAAACAUUCUCAAUUUACCUCCGCUUUUUAUUGUCUAAUCUGAGUUUGAAAUGAAACAAAGCAGCUUUCUCUCCUUGUCAUAUUAUUUCAAAAAUCUGUUUGGUGAAAGAGGGGCUUACAAAUUAAGCACCUUCCAUACACAGAUCUUUUAUCGAGCUGACUGAAAACUCCAUGUCAUCUUUUUUUCCAGAUACUUAAAAAGUGUCGAUCAGAAUCAGUGUAUGAUUUCUUACACUUGCAAAUCAACACUUACUUUCUAUUAUACAAUAUGUGCUUUGUUAUAUUAAGUGCAGUUUGUUAUAAAGACGAUACCAACAACUUUUUAGGCUUUCACAAAUUGUAUUAUUGUAAAUGUAGUUGUGUGUACAUACUCUAAAGAUCUACAAUCCCAUGUGUUGUGUGGUUUAUAUGUUAUGUUAAUUCAUACAUGGACAUUAAUUGUAUUUCAAAAUGGUUUGUAUUUCAACUUUUAAUCAAAGAAUAUGUAUACAGAUGGAAACCCUGUGUAGUGCAAGGCUGUGUUUAACAAGGACACACGUGUAUGUCCAUGUGUUAUGGUAUAAAGCUCUGUCUGUAACUUGCAAAGCACAUAGUUGCGUAUCGUAUGCUGUGACAAUGAAGGGCAUCGGCUGGAGUUUUAAGGUUUUCUGUAUGCAUGGUGCAUUCACCAAAUUAAUAUGUAUCCAGACCAGUAUGUAAAUAAAAUACAUUUGACUGAUAUGCUAUGAAA